AUGUUUGGGAGACUCAUUGGCCCGGUAAAAACCCUCAAAGGAUGUCGGCUUUAUUCGCAGCCAGCUAGCGGGGGCUCGAAAAGAGGGUUUGAUAGGAGUAUGCUCAAACCUGCCCUUAUCGUUGUUGUGUUUGGUUCAAUGCUGAGCCAUGUCUCAAAUCAACAGAAACUCAGUGCUGAACUCGAUAGACGAUACGAACUCAAAAUGAAUAUACUGCGGAAACUUAUCAGCAGGGCAAAAGAAGGUGAUAUUAGUUUUAAUGUUGAUGAAGAAUUGCAACUAGUUAAUAAGCUAUUCAGCCGUUACUCGAAAUCUGGUAAUGUCAGCUUUGAAGAGGAAGCGGAGAAGAUACGGAAAAGCUCGGAUUCUAAUAAGUAUUCUGAAAAGGCAUUACUCGAUAGUUUGAAUAGCUCCAGGAAUCCACUAGAGGAAGAAUCUUUGGAAGAUAUGUUCAAGAGCAUAAUGAAUGAGGUGAACGAUACUAGUAGGCCACUGCUGAAGAAAUCAGAAACUAUAGUUGUGCCACCUCAUGAUGAAAACGAGAUCGUUCUUAACAAGAAAUUCCUUGAAGAACAGGCCAAAAGAGAAGUCGAGCUUCAAAACUAUACACCAUCGACUGAUGCGCACACAAUCGUCGACAUUCCAGGUGAGUUAAGCGUGGCGGCCAAGGAUACUGAGAUAAAGAGCUUCCUCUGA